UCGAGGAGCGCGAAAGAUACAAUAUGGACGACAGGACAAUAGAUUUUAUUUUUGCCGGUUCACUGGAAAGUUUGCCCCCUGUCAGUUCGAAGAUAGUGAGAAUUUUUACAAGCUCCACGUUCACUGAUACCACAAUGGAACGAAACACCCUAAUGGCCAAAUGUUAUCCCAAGAUCAAAGACUAUUGUCGGGAAAAACACGGUCUUGAAUUUCAGGUGGUGGACAUGAGGUGGGGGGUGCGUGACGAAGCCACCGACGACCACAUGACCACCGAACUGUGCAUGAAAGAAAUACAGAACUGCCAACGUCUGUCAAUGGGACCCAACUUUGUCGUAUUCCUGGGACAAAAAUACGGGUACCGGCCGAUCCCCACCUACGUGCUAUCGUCAGAACUGCAAAUGAUCAGGGACGAGCUGGCAGCCACCGGCCAUGAUGCCGCCCUUAUAGACACUUGGUACCGUAAGGACAGCAACGCGGUACCACCGAUAUCUGUGCUGCAGCCUAUUUCGUCGAUCCUGAUCAAUUUCAACAACAAGAGAAUACCGAAACUACAGGCCGAAGACCAGGCCAAGUGGUGGGACACUCUUGGCAAGUUUCAGAAACUGUUCAGGAAGGCCGCUGCCUCGCUGAACCAGCAGGGCAAAAUGGACAAUGACGCGACCCAUAACUACUUCAUGUCAGUAACGGAACGCGAGGUCAUCAACGGCGUACUGAACGUGAAAAACACGAAGAACCACUGCCUCGCGUACAUCAGAUACAUCAACAACAUCAACCUGCAGAACCUGAAGAAGGCUUCGUUGUUCGUCGAUAUCAUUAACCGUAGCUUGGAUACGGAGUCAGCCAAGUUGCUAGGCAAUCUCAGAGACGAGAGGCUGCCCAACAAAAUCGAGACCAGCAACAUUCAGAAGUACACGGUCGAGUGGAUCGGGAGGGAAGGUCUGGACCCGGAGACCCACGAGGAGUACCUAAAACACUUCAUCACGCACUUCUACAAGAACAUCGUAAAGCUGGUAGACAGGGCGAUGCGCAAAGAAGAUUCAAGCGCGCAAGGUCAGAUAGUCACUGAGAUAUUGCAACAUUUACACGCCUGCAACAAUUCAGUCAGGGUAUUCUACGGCAGAGAAGAAAGCCUCGAACACAUCCACCGGUAUAUGCUGGACGAUUCGGACAAGCUCCUGGUCCUCUACGGGGAAGGAGGUUGCGGCAAGACUUCGUUGCUGGCAAAAGCGGCCGGCAUGUCGACAAGCAACGAGUGGUUCGUAGGCGCCAAACCGAUCAGCAUCAUCAGGUUUUUAGGCACCACGCCCGAUUCGUCUGCGUUGACCCCGACCCUCAUAUCCAUAUGUCAGCAGAUUUCGUACAAUUUUAUGCUGCCGUUCGACGGCAUACCGGACGAUCUCGUACCGCUGACCGCCCAUUUCAAACAGCUUCUGAUGCUCUCCACCAAAGAACAGCCUCUGCUCCUGUUCCUCGACUCAGUCGAUCAACUAACAGCCACUGCUGAUGCUAACAAGGUGUCCUGGUUGCCAACGCGUCUCCCGAAACACUGCAAGAUAGUCGUGUCGUGUGCCUGCGAGGAGUCCAACCCAGAAGUGUCCAAAGAGUACCACAUCCUACGCCGGAUGAUCGACGUGCCAGAGAACUUCGUUGAAGUACGAGCUCUCGGCGAAGAGCUCGCCAUGCAAGUGAUCAAGAUGUGGAUGAAAACUGCGUGCCGCGACCUGACCAACUACCAGUGGCGGCUCGUGUCGAAUGCAAUCGACAAGUGCAGUUUGCCGAUUUUCGUCAAGCUCGUGUUCGCAGAGAUCUGCAGAUGGCGCAGCUACACCAAGUCUCAGGAUACCCAUCUGGCGUCCACCGUCAUGGAUUCCAUCAUGAUGCUGUUCGAACGGAUCGAGAAACAACACGGGCGCAUACUGGUAUUCCACGCUCUAGCAUACAUUACGGCGGCAAAGAGCGGUCUGUCGGAGAGCGAGCUCGAAGAUUUGAUAUCGCUCGAUGACAAGGUACUCGAUGAUGUCUACCAAUAUCAUUUGCCGCCGGUGAGGAGGAUUCCGCCGCUGCUGUGGACGAGGAUCAGGAACGACCUGCCGAACUAUUUGUCGGAACGAGAGGCGGACGGAGUGAGCGUGAUGAACUGGUACCACCGGCAGUUCAGGGAUACGGCAAGGGAAAGGUACUUCAAAAACAUGAACAUGGCGACGUACUUUCACUCGAUGAUCGCUGAUUAUUUCCUUGGUAUAUGGGGAGGCGGUAAGCCAAAACCAUUCAAAUAUACCGAGAUCCAACGGCACCGGUUUAAUUUGACGGACAAGGAGGGCAUAGCGGACAGAAAAGUACCGGUUCAGCCGCUGGUAUUUUAUUCGAAAGACGGCAAGGUGUCGCGCUAUAACCUGAGGAAGUUCGGAGAGCUACCGUUCCAUCUGGUCAGGUCGAGAAGGUUCAGAGAUCUCUACGAGAACGUGUUAUUCAACUACGAGUGGCUCCAUGCGAAACUGUCGAGCUGCCCCCUGCAAGCAGUUCUGGCAGAUUACGAGGACGCCACGCUUAAUAUCGAUGACAAUGAUUCGAAAAGGGAACUAAUGCUGGUGGCGGAUGCGCUCAGACUAGGUGGCGCUAUCCUCGGCCAAUAUCCGAACAUGCUCGCCCCCCAGCUAGUGGGCAGGCUGCUGCCUGAGAUGGGCCCAAACCCGAACGUCAAAAUGCUCCUGAACGACUGCGACGCUAAAGGACCGACUCACUGCGCACUCCUGCCCCUCUACCACUGUCUACACACACCUGGGGGUCCGCUGAAGUAUUCCUUAGAAGGGCACCAGUUCGCCGUGUUCUCCAUCUGUCUCACCUCGGAUUACCGAUACAUCGUCUCGGUGUCCAACAGGUUCAUCACGUGGGACUUGUCGACUAGCGACCUUACCCGUGACGUCAACCCCAAUAUCGAAGGAAUAAUGCAACACCUGGUGUUAAGUCCGGACAAUAAAUGGGCCGCUGCGUACACCAACAACAACCAGACGGUGUUGCUGAACAUGCUGUCCAGCGAGUACGUCGCGGUCGAAAACCCACUACGAGAGGGCGACGCGGUAGCGGGUAUUUACCUGCUUAACUACAACCUAUUCAUCUACGGUAGGGAGAGGUGGGUCAUGUUUGACAUGAGAGGAAACCGUGCGGGAGAGUUCGAUGGACCGAUGGUUUUGGGCGAGUGGCCCAUUUUGAGUAUGGAAUUCGACAACGAGUCGGUGUACAGAAUGGUGUUUUGGACCGGCGACCUCGACGACGGCCGCAUGAAAUUUUACGAGCGCGACGCGUCGGGCGGGGAGUACGCGAUGUUGGAUUACCACAGCGCGAUGGUCUUGACAUCGAAAAAAAACGCGUUGUACGCAUGCACCACGGAAAGCUUCUACUGCGUCUCGAAGUACGUAAAAAACGAAGAGAAAAUGAUGUGGGUUAAAAUGUGGGACCUGCCCAGGACUACCAACGACAACGUCGAAACAAUGUUGCAACUGAAACUCGAUAAGACCGAAAAAUAUUUAUACGGCACCACUGGCAACGGAUUCGUGAUAUGGGACUUGGGAGAAGAGGAAAAAAUCAGCAACGAAGCAAUCGUACUGCCGCUGCCCUACGGCACCCGAAACAUAACCACAAAAAUGCUGCAAUCUAAUUCGAUAAUGCUGAGCGGGCACAAAAACUAUGCCAUCGCUGGCGUAAGAAAAAAUUUGUAUGUUUGGAGCAUCGAGACCAAAAAACUGGUCAAAAUACUGGAUGCUCACUUCGGACGGAUCAUCCAACUCGAGCCGCUCACGAUAGGAAACUGGAACAGCAUAGUGACGUCAUCUAUCGACCGAACCGUCAAGGUGUGGAACAUCAACAACAUUUUUGAACAGGUGCACGUGAUCGACAGACACGAGUUACAGGUCGACUCCAUAAGCCUCUCGGACAACUUGAGCCUCGCGGUUACGGUCACGCGGAACUGCGUGGGCGUGUGGGACCUGACCGUCGGCAAACUGGUAGCCAAAUUAGCCGACAGCCCCUUGGGGGCGAUAGUAACGCACGCGAUCAUCACACCGGACGGCAAAUAUAUAAUAUCAGCUGAGACCGGCAACGUGCUGAUAUGGCUACGGCUUACCCAGAGGGUCAUAUUCAAGGAGGAGCAGCCCGGCGUUAAGCAACUGUCCUUGAUGGAAGGGGGCGGAAAAAUCUUGUCGAUUUCAAAACCCAGCAACCCUCCCGGUACAGAUUUCGUUCGUACUGUUGCGACGGCGUGCGUCAGAGAAGUUCCGGGAGGGGAUACAGUCUACACGUUCGAGUACCCCGUCAGGAGUAUCACCGGCGUUCCGUUCAGACCGGCUGUGGUGACGUGCGACAACCAGCACCUGGUCGUCUCGGGUGCCGACAAAACCAAUAGGGACUGCGUCCUCGUUUACAAUGCCCAAACCGGUAAUCUCGUUAACAGGAUUCCGUUGAAAAUGUGCGGCAUCAAAGACGUCGCCGGUAUCGUGGCGAUGCCCCACAAGGGGCACCUUAUAGCAGUGCUCGCCGCCGACAAAGCGUGCGUGAUCGACAUAAGAACGAAAAAAUUCAUGCGUUCGGUACCAAAGUGGGGCGGCAGCGUAACUAAAGACGGCAAGUACGGUCUCUACGCGCCUUCGAGGGGCGGUCUUGAGCUCAUUGAACUUAAAAAAGGCCAAACCGUACGCACUUUCAUCCCCAAAGUGGCCGAAGGGGUGUUUACGAUCAUAUGCCAGUUCAACAAGACCGACGAGUACGUUCUCUACUAUCACAGCGGCAAGAAAACAUUGAGGGUAUUCAGGACAGCAGACGCUGAGAUGGUGGCCAAUUUUCGGGUUCAGGCUGAGCUGACGGCGGUAGAAAGCACCCCAGAUGGAAACGCGCUCGUUUUGGGCACUGUUGACGGUUGCGUGUCGGUACUGGCUAUUUUGGAUCCGGCUAAGAGCGAUGCCAACGACUACCUGGCCGCGAUGCCGUCGCGAGACGAAGGGUGGAAGAAAAAAGUGGAAAAAAUGCGGGCGCAGACAAGAUUCAGAGCCGUGGGAACUAUUGUAAAAUUGUCGACGAUGUUCGCCACUGAGAAAGCCUCGCCCAUGGUGAAAAACGACACAGAGUUCGCAGUUUCGCAAGAAAAUUAAGG